AUUUCACUUUUUAGUCUCGGACACUUUAGGUUGGUUUUAACUCUGUGAUUUUUAUUUCUAUUUAGUUAAUUUACUUCAUUUUAUCUAAUUAUCUUAAUCUUUUUAUCUUCGAUUCAUCUAAUCAGCAUGUCCAAUACUAGUUUCUUUUGGGAGUUUGCUUGUCCAAAAUAUGUUGAUUUCACUGAUUCAAAAGUAUUGGAAUUGAAUGGUGACGAGGUUGAUUCUUAUUUUGAUUUGGAACACGAAUUUAGCUUUCAAUCUAAUUUAGGUGAAGGGCUGAAAGUUGAAUCUUUACUAGCUGAAGUUGAUAAAAUGGCCUCUCCUGUUGUCUCGCCCGUUCGACCAGCGAGCUCAUCAUCCAACUAUCGGACCCCAGAUGGUAGUAGAAGUGAUCUUGAGUCUGAUGAUGUUUUCUAUACGACAAGAAAAUCUUAUUCUCUACGAGAAACUGAGUGUAGAAGGUUAACUCAAAUUGGUGCUUCACCCUACAGAAUCCCUGGAGGGACUACUACCAAUAAAAAGAAGUCACGAAGAACACCUCUUCAGCCAAGACUCAUUGAAGAAAAUGCUAAACAAGUCGAGGAAGAAGAAAUUCUAGUUGAAAAUUUGAAGAAAGCUCUUUUCUUGGAUGACGAGAAUGAGCCAGUUAAACAAAAGGACGAAAAUGGUAGACCUGAGCCAUCGAAACUUGAGCCGAUCCAAGAGAAAGAGAACUCUUUCAACAGCCCUUCGAAUGUAGAAAAAUCGGUUAUGGAUGUCACUCAGAAUUCAAAUGAUUAUUCAAUGGAAUUAAUGGCUGUUAGUCAAGAUAUUGUUACCGAAUGUGUUUCUAAUGUUUGUUCUUCUGAAAAUGACGACUCGAUGUCACCUUUACGUCAACAAUUGAAUGAUUCUGUUGAGAAAACCAUUGAAAAAUCCUCUGUUAUUGCGAUACCUGAGGAAUCUACUGCUGCUCACACUGAAGUUGUUACUUCAGCAGUCGGUCAAGAGGAUGUUUACUAUUCCGCUGUGGAUUUUAAUAUUAAGAACACAGAAACUGCAGAAAUAUUGGAAACUAAUUUAGAAAAAGAGACAAAUGUUCUUGAAGAGAAAAAUCUUUCAACUAAAGUUAUCCAAGAAGAACAUCAAGUUGAGGAAAUUGUUGCCGAAAGCUCUGCAAAAUGCAUCGAUGAAAAGGAAGAGGAAAAAGAAAGUGAUUCCAAAAUUCAUCAAAACAUUCCAGAGAUUCGUGUAAGUCCACAGAUCGCCAAUAAAUCUGCCUCAACAAGUUCCGAUGAAGGUUACAGUAAGUCAAGUGGUGGACUUAAUUCUGAUAGUUGUUGGACCGAUGUAGAUGAUGAAAACGUUCCUGGUACCAGUGCACCUCAAGAAAGACGUCGACGACCGUUAAGACGGGAAAGUUUUGUUAAAUCAUCUGCAACCCUUGCAUCAACUGUUAAGAAAGUCGAUCCUCAGAAAAAAUUGUACCGACUAUUAUCCUACACAGCACCACCAAGGAAUAAAUACCGUUCAUUAGCUGAAUUAUCUCGUGACUUCGAAACAAAGAUUCGCGCUUAUACUCCAUCCAAUUUGAAAACAACGAAAGCGCAUUGGACUCCAACCAAACCAGUCUCUCCAAAAUUGACGGCAUGUAAAAGAAAGCGAACUCUGACCUGUGUAAGUCACAAAGAACAAGAAGAAAAUAUCGCUCAAAGUAUAAAGAAAAACACCUUUAAAGCAACGCCUUUCAACAAGAAAACAUAUCUUUCAACCGUCAACGUCGGUGUUAAGAGGGUUGACCCUAAGCCAACCACUAAGCCAAUUCCUUUCUCCUUCCGUAGUGAGAAGCGACUCGAAGCUCGUAGAUCCAAAGUUCCAACUGAUCUUUUCAACAAACUCACUUCCCAAUCAGCCAGAAAAGGAAAAUAACUCACCUUAAAUGGCUCUGCUCUCUUUCAGCAAAAUUUAUUUUUCUUCAAAUUAACUUUCCAUAAUGUAUAUAUUCAAAGUGGCACAAGAAAAUUAAUUUUUUUUAUUAUUCACCUCACCAUCAACAACAUCACCAAAAUCACAUGAAAAGAGUUUAACAAAACCAAAACAAUCAAAUCUAAUUGUAACUCAAAUCAAUUGGACUUGAGCCUCGAAUUACUCUCACAUUUUGAAUCAGUAGAAGGAUAAUUUGAUUUAUGAUUUUCAAGAGCAACAUACAAACUAUCAUUUGAAAUAAUCUUUUCUCUAAUUAUCCUUUAAUUGUGAACAUAAUUUACGAUCUGUUCUCUUCAUUCAUAAAAUUUAACUGAUUCAAUGUAAUUCAAAUGACUGUGUAAACCAAAAUGGUUUUGUCACUUUAAACAUCAUGAUACAAUUGUCACUCUACAUCAAUUCAUCUAAUUGUCAAUCAUCACCAACAAUUCACAUUUUAACCAGUUACAUUUAAAGGGCUAGAAACAAAAUGGACAAUUAACUUGUUGAAAUUACUGCGAAUUAAAUUAGACAAUUAAUCAAAA